AUGGCGGAGCGCAUGGCCACCUGGGUGAUCUGGGGAGUCAUCAGCUGGCAGCGCAAGUUUGAGGAUUACGGUCAGGCGCAGCGCACGCGCCGGUGGGACGUGGAGCUGGAGGGGCGCACCAACCUCGACAACUGCGACGUCAGAGUCGGGGUGCUAGGAUUCGGGCUGAUGGGCCGCGCGACGGCGGAGGCCCUGGCCGGCCUGGGCUACCAGGUGUCUGCCUGGAGCAGAUCCCCGCGGCAGCACGAGACCAUCCGCUGCCACCAUGGGGUGGCCAGCCUGCAAGAGUUUGUGGCGGGCUGCGACGUCCUGGUCUGCUUGCUGCCCCUGACACCAGACACAGAGGGCAUCAUCAACGCCGAGCUGCUGAGCUGGCUGCCCAGGGGCGCCGCCGUCAUCAACGGCGCCAGGGGGCGCCACCUGGUGGAGCCUGACCUGCUGGGGGCACUGGACUCUGGGCAGGUGGGCUUUGCCCUGCUGGACGUAUUUGCAGUGGAGCCGCUGCCGCAGGACUCGCCGCUGUGGACGCACCCCCGCGUCAGGAUGACGCCGCACGUCGCAUCGAUGACGACGCUCGAGGUGCGGGGGUGGGCGCAGAGGGAGUGGAGCGCUGCGAAUCAGAUCGCGGCCAACUACCACAGCUUGAUGGCGGGCACGGGCCCCCUGUCGAAGAACUUGGUGGACCGCGCCGCUGGCUACUGA